AUGCGUCAAUCACCAAAGGGAAUGGAACAAACAAUUUGGACUAUUGCUGGUAAUGGCAUUAAAGGUUUCUAUGGAGACAAUGGUUUAGCAAUAGAGGCUAAACUUUCCUCUCCAUAUGGUGUAGCUGUUAAUCCCUAUAGUAAUGAUGUGUAUAUUGCAGAUUAUAGAAAUCAUUGUAUUCGUAAAGUGUCUGCAUUGGAUAAUAAGAUCACUACUAUUGCUGGUACUGGAGUUGCAGGUUAUUCAGGUGAUGGAGGGCUGGCUUUACAUGCUCAAUUAAAUUGUCCAUUAUCUGUUUCAAUUCAUCCAAAGAAUGAGGAGCUGUAUAUUGCUGAUUAUUCCAAUCAUAGAAUUAGAAAGAUUUCAUUAACCUAUGGUACCAUAAGUACAGUUGCAGGUAAUAAUACUGGAGGUACGUCAGGUGAUGGUGGGUUGGCAUUAUUUGCUCAAUUGUAUUUUCCACAGUGUGUCAAGAUUCAUCCAAUAACUUUUGAUAUUUAUAUUAUUGAUUUUGUUAAUAACAAAAUAAGAAGAAUUUCUAAUUCGUCUGGAAUUAUUUCAACAUUUGCUGGAAAUGGAACUGCUGGAUUUUGUGGGGAAGGUGGAUUUGCAACAAAUGCUCAACUUAAUGGCCCUAGUGGGCUCGAUUUUAAUCCAACUACUGGUGAUGUUUAUAUUGCGGAUUCGAAUAAUCAUAGAGUUAGAAAGGUUAAUUGUAAAAGUGGAAUCAUUACAACAUUGGCAGGAACAGGAAAAGCAGGAUAUUCAGAUGGUAUUGAUGCACAAUUGAAUUAUCCAUAUGAUGUUUCAUUUUGCACUAGAGGUCAAAUUAUCUAUGUGACAGAUCGAAGCAAUAACAGAAUUUGUACAGUUUCACCAAUUGAUGGAAGAAUCACUACAGUUUGUGGAAUCAAUGAAAAGGGAUUUGACGGAGAUGGUGGCCUUGCUAUAAAUGCAAAGAUUUCUUCUCCAUGUCAAAUAGCAGUUCAUGCAAAGAAUGGAGAUGUGUAUUUCAGCGAUUUUGGAAAUAAUAGAAUUAGGAAAAUUGUUGGAUCCUAUCAUGCAACUCUGCUCAAACCACUUUCUUUCAAAUUGAAAAAGUAUGAUAGAGACCUUGUUGAUGGAACUAACUUGAUAUGCUGUAAGAGUGUAUUUAAUAUUUUGGCUCCUCAUUUCUCUAAAUCUAUUGUUUUCAAUUCCUUUUUAUUGAAACACUUAACUUCCACUCAAAUGGAAAUCAUUCAACAUUUAAUUGAUUCAAUCAUGUACCAACAAUAUCACGAUAGUGAAUGGUUUGACAAGUAUGAAUUGGUUGAUAUCUUGGCCAUUCUUGGAAUGUCAAAAGGAUUUACUUCUCUGAAGAGAAAAUUGGUAGAUGAAUUUACAAAAUCAUUUAGUCAAUCUUGUGCUCAACUAGUUUCCAAAAAUUUGGAAAAAGUUACACAAGCUAAAGACAGUGCACCUUUGUUCAUUGAUAAUCCAUUGCUAGACCAAUUACUGGACUACUGUAUUGGCCACGCUGCAAAAACAAUGCAACAAUCGGCAAGCGCAGUUGACAUUCCAAUAUUUCAAAAACAUCUUGUGCCGAUUGCCAAAAAGCUAUCCACUACCAUAAAUCCAAUUACUAUCAAUGAUGAUGAAACAUCAGAUAAGACCACUAAGUCAGUUGAAACACUCUUCAACGACAAAGCAACAAGCGAUAUUACCAUCAAGACGGGCACAAAAGAAUUCUAUGCACACAAAACAAUUCUUGCAUCCAACAGCCCAUACUAUGAAGCACUAUUCAAUAGUGGUUUUGAAUAUCAAGACUUGAAGGAUGAUAUUUAUGUUAUUGAUACUGAGGAAUUCUCGGAAGACCUACAUGAGAUAGUUCUGAAAUAUUGUUAUGGAGUUUUCGAUGUUUCCAGUGUUCCAAUCAAUCAAGCUCUUCCACUUUUUAAAUGUUUUGCACUUUAUGACGUAAAGGAAAUGAUAGAUUACUAUUUGAAUAAUUUACAAAUUACAAUUGAUAAUUUUUGCACAUUAUUUGAACAAUUAGGAAAUUACAAUGAUUCAGUUUAUGAAAGACUAAUCAACUUUGGAAGAAACACUGGCAAGACUUUCAACAGAGGUCAAGGAUGA